GACCAGCGUCGCCGCCGCAAUCAUGAGCAACACAUCGAGGAGGACACGGCGAAGAGUGGUGUCAUCACGAUGAGAACUCCUCGCGGCUCUUCGCAGGAAGCACGUCGGCGGAUGGCGGAGGAGGGUGUGCGUCGACUCCAUGAGUGGCUUCAGCAUCAAAGUGUCCAUGAGGGAGAAGAGGAAAUGGAGCGAUGGGUGCCUCUUCCUCCACCUGCAGAGAAGCAGGCGAAGGCGAAGAGUUGGCUGCCGGUCUAUUCGCACGGUGUCAUUAUCCGUUGGGAACAGGCCAUGGCACCUGAGGCGGCGGCUGAGACGCCCGCAGCCUGGUCCAAACAUCUUCUGACGACAACUGACCGCUGGGAGAGUUCCAUAAAGUCGGGAUCAGGAGGCAUCGACCCCGAUCCCAACUUGGCGUCUGCGGGAUCAGGAGGCACCGACCCCGAUCCCAGCGAGGCGGACAUGCAGCGAUGGCCGGCUCCGCGGGAUCGGCAGACGAAGCCUCCUGCGUAUGCGGCAUCAGGAGGCGUCGACCCCGAUGUCCGCAGGGCAAAGGUUGGGAAGACGCAUGCAAGCGGAUCCGGGGCUGUCGACGCGGCGCCUGAUGCUCCCAGAGCCGCUCCUGUGAAACAUCAGAUUAUGUUGCAGGAAGCCGAGGCCAUUUUUUUGGUUAGGGGGGUUGUUUGGACUAUGCUUUUGAUUAUUUCUAUAGUAGCGGUACUUUUUUUCCUCCGUUUGAUUGUUGCUCCGUUAUUGAUAUAG